GUUAAAGUGGACCGAUUAAACGCUAAUCUGGAGAAACUGAGGGAAGCCAAGCGCCGUGGUCUAAAGAUUCGAGUUAAGCUACCAACUCCCUGUGCGUCCUCUUGUAAUUUAGUAAACACAGCAUCAAGUAAUAUUGCCAGUUGCAAGCCUCAGUCUACUGAGAGCUCUUGUGCUUCAUCAUUUCCCAGGUCAUUUGAAGAGGAGCGUCUUGUUUCUGAUGAUGAUCUCAAUCUUCUGUCUGCAAAAAUACUUAGAGCUGAAAUGCUAAAUAAUGAGGUAAAUUUAUCUAGUCUUGACUGA